GAGCCUCUUGAGCCUCUACUGCUGUUGCACGAGGGUGUGGGCGCCACCCGGUCUGUCGACAAGGGCGGCCGCCAUGUACUCGCUGUUCUCCGAGAGGCAGAGCUUGCUCUCUCCCACAGCGGGGGAUGAACCCCCCCCCCCGACCUUGCGGCGGCGGCUGUACGACCUCCUGGAAGCCAACACGAAGAUGGGCAUGCUGCUCGAGGCCGUGAUUGUGCUGCUGAUCGUCGUGAACGUGGUGUGUUUCAUGCUCUCAACGGAGCGGUCUCUGGCGGACAACAGGACGGCCUGGCUCAUCUUCGAUUCCGUGGAAGUUUGCACGGUGGCCCUUUUCACCACCGAGUACAUCCUGCGGUUCUACUCCAUCGUUGAGGCUACCGACUCCAGCGGGCGGCCCCUGUACUCGGGCAUGAAGGGGAGGCUGGUGUGGGCAGCAACGGAUUUCUACUCGUGGGUGGACCUCGCCAGCAUCGUACCCUUCUACGUGGAUAUGGCUGUGGCACAGGACCUGCCCGCCACGCAGUUCAUCCGGUUGGCGAGGAUGCUGCGCAUGAUGAAGGAGGGAGGCUUUGGCGAGGCCUUCGACGCCUUCGGGGACAUCUACCGCAAGAAUAAGACGAUCGUUACCACCAGCGUCUUCGUCGGCCUUACCACCUGGCUCAUGCUCGCGUCCUUCAACCACAUCGCGGAGAGGGAUAACCCCCGAUUGGUCUGGAUCUACCCAUCGUGCUACUCCCCCUACUCGGACGACGACGAGGGCGCGGGGCCCCGCGACGGGCGUCCGGACUGUCCUCACCGCUACGGGUCCAUCCUGUCGUCGUCCUACUUCACGUUGCUCAACCUCUUCGGGGAGUUCCCGCUCAUGGACAACCACAGCACCGCGGGGCGUUUCAUCGGCGUGUUCACGGCUGUGGUGGCGGUGGCCGUUUUCGCGAUCCCGACCGGUAUCUUCGGCGCCGGGUUCGAGGACAUGAUCCAACACAGAAAGCAGGGCAAGCAACAACAGGAAGACGAGCAAGCCGCCGCCUACGCCGCAGGCGCCGUCACCGCCGCCGCUGGAGACGGCUCUGGCUCGUCCGCCGGGGGCUACUUCACCCUCGCUCCUGCCGCCCCGGGCGGACCGGACGGCGGCAACUCGGUGGACGUUUCCGACCACGCUUACGGCGGCGGCGCCGCGGUUGGGGGCGCUGCGAGUGGGGGAGGGUAUGGGUUCGAGUUCUUGGACACCAGCACGCGAGCCGGGAAGACGUACCGCGCGUUUGUGCUGGCGGUGGUCGUGCUGGACAUCCUAGCGUUCUUUGCGUCCACCACGUUCUAUUUGCAGGAUGGAAGGCUCUUCGGCGCAGGCGUGGCCUUGGGCGCGCUCGAGAUCCUCUCCGUAGCCGUGUUCACCAUGGACUACGUCGCCCGGGUCAUGAACGCCGCCUCUUCCUCAUCCUCCUCCGCCGGUGGUUGCUGCAGCGGCGGCGCCAUGCGGUACGUCUUGAGCUUCUACGGGGUGGUCGACCUCAUGUCGGUGCUGCCGUUCUUUCUGGGACUGCCGUUCUGCGGUGGGCUGCGCGACCUCUCGCCGAAGCUGCUCCCGACUCUGGUUCGGUCUUGCCGGCUGAUCCGCAUGCUCAAGCUGGAGAGGUACGUGAGGGCCUUCGAGGUGUUCGACGACGCCAUCCGAGACCAGCGCGACAUCCUCGCCGUCUCCGGUUUCUUCGCCCUUGUUGCCUGGGUCUUCGCCUCCUCUCUCCUGUUCUACACGGAGAGCGAAGGACCGGACCCCAACAUGACCCCGUACUACCAGAGCGUGCCCAUGGCCAUGUGGGUCACCAUGCUCAACCUGGCGGGAGAGGCGCCCCUGUGCGACUACACUGUUUGGGGCAAGAUUAUCACCGGCGCCUUGGGCAUCUUCGGCGUAGGCGUUUUCGCCGUACCAGUGGGUCUCCUCGGAGCGGGUUUCCAGGAGUACGUGGAGGCAUUCCCCGACAAGGAACAGGACACUCACGAGGGCAACCUGCCCAUCCGCGCCGGCCUCGUGUCGGGCACUCUCAACAGCUCGGCGGGCGAGCGGGGGUCUCCGGGGGGCAGUCACCAGAAGCCUCUGAGGAAGCGCUUGCACGCCUUCCUAGAGGCUAGGACCACCUGGGGCAGGCGCUUCGAGGCCUUCAUCAUGUUCGUCAUCUUCGUCACGGUUACGCAGGUUAUCCUGAUGACCAUGCCGUCGGUGUGCGAGGACGAGAACCACUGCCCAACGGUGUUCGACAACGUGGAGCUCGUUGCCGUGGUGAUUUUCACCCUCGAGUACGCCGCUCGGUUGUACGCCGCGCCGGAGGCCUACCCGGAGAAGUCUGCCUGCAUGGCCCGUCUCCGCUACAUGGUGUCGUUCUACGCGAUGGUCGACUUCCUAGCCAUCUUCCCCUACUACGUCGCCCAAAUGUCCGCACGGGUCGAUGAGUACGACAACUACCUCCGGCUGCUGCGGCUCCUCAGGAUCAUCAAGCUCGACAAGUACGCCCCCUGCGUGAGCUUGAUCGACGACGUGUUCCGCCUCAAGUGGAGGGGCCUCCUCGUCGCUGGCUACGCGUCGGCGGUGAUGCUGGCGUGGUUCGGGUCGCUCAUGUACCUCGUCGAAAGGGACGACAAUGACGUCCAGAUUCAGUGCUACUUCGAGUCCCAGCGAUUUUCGUCGGUGCUGAACGCCCUGCAGUACGACCUCAUUCUCCUAACGGGGGACUACCCCCUCAUCGACUUCACCCUGGCAGGGCGUUACAUCAACGUCGUCCAGAUUUUUGUGGCGGUCGGAGUGGUGGCCGUGCCGUCGGGCUUGAUCGCGAACGGCUUCUCCCAGGUGUUGGAGGAGAGCAGGAACGCCAAGCACGCCAAGCGGAGAGCGGCGGCCAUUCUCCUGCAGAGACAGGUCCGGGGUCAUCUGGCGCGACGGCAGUUCCACUUGGUAGUGGAGGGCGCGCAGCACCAAGAAGCGGAGAGAAAGCGGCAGAAGCUGCUCAUGGAGCUGGACUACGAGGCGCACUUGCCGGUGUACGACAGGUCGAUGAGGAUCUGCUACCGGUUUUCCACCGGGGUCACCGAGGCCGGCAAGCUCUUCGACGGUUUCGUCGCGGUGCUCAUCCUGCUCAAUGUCGUGGCCGUCAUCGCGGAGUCGGAGCCGUCCCUCGGGGGGACGGGUGGCCCAUCGGAGGGGAGGUUCCAGAUAUUCUUCGACGGCUUCGAGGCAUUUUCGGUGCUGGUGUUCACGGCGGAGAUCUCGAUGCGGCUCUUCAUCGCUCCCAUCUCGUCAAAGUACGCCUUCAGCAGGUGGAAGUACCUCAGCUCCUUCUUUGGCGUCGUGGACGUGGCCUCCAUCGCUCCAUGGUACAUCGAGACGAUCCUCUGGUCUACCGGCGUCUACUUCGACGCCUCGGUCUUCCGGGUCCUCAGGCUCUUCCGGAUCCUUCAGCUGGAGCACUUCGUGUCGGCCUUCACCCUCCUCGACGACGUGUGGACGGCGUCCAAGGACACGCUGGCGGCCACGGGGCUGCUGGCCCUGGUGGUGUGGGUGGGCAGUGCCUGCCUCUUCUACCUCUUCGAGAAGGACAAUAUGUGUACCGGGGAGGCUUUCAGCAGCAUCCCCGACGCCAUGUUCUACACGGCCGUUUUCCUCGGUGGAGAGUGGUCCGAGAUCGACUUCACCUGGGCGGGCAAAGUGUUGUGCUGCGUGCUGUGCGUCUUCGGCAUCGUCCUCUUCGGCAUUCCGGUCGGAACGGUCUUCGAGGCAUUCCAAGACGUGAUGCAGGAGGUCAAUGAGGAGGAAGAGGAGGACAAACCUGGACGUGACGGGAGCGCGGGAGAGACGUGCGGCAUCCAGAUCGGCCCCAGCCAAGCGUAGGGCUACUGCUCAUGUCACCACGGCAUCACCGUCCCGACCUGGUGGCUCUACAACUGCAAGUGCGUUUGGCAUUGCCGGCGUCGCGGAGCAGGCCAUCCCUUGGAUGUAACAUCGUAACCGAAUGAAUACUCCUGAUGUUUUGGAAGAGGUUUUAGUGGGAAACAAGUCGCUGGGGAGCUACUAGCGUCCAUGUUUGCAACGCGGGCUCUCACAAAGACGACGCGGAUAUGGGUGGGAGGUACAUUCCUUGCAUUCUUCAUGUUGUAUGAUUCACUUUCACGAGGUGUACGAGUGAGUGGAACCGCGUACGCCUUCCAUCACGUUUAGACUCGUCUCGUGUGUUUUUCGUCUGCAAAAAGUGCCCCCAGAGUGCGAGAUAGGGCCUGCUUGGCGUACCAAACUUUUCUGCUCUGUAGCUGAGCGAAGAGGGACGCGACCUGCAGGGGGCGAUUAGGCGCCAUUGCCUCUCGGUGUUGGUCCCUCGUUGCUUGGCCUGAUCCAUUCCGAUCGCGCACGUUGGUUCGCUUCGUUCAGGGGAGCCGGGUACCGGUAUUUUCGCCUCUCCUUGUUAAGGAUGGGGAACCGCAAUGAAUGAUCACUCGGAUUGCUCGCAGGCUGGUUCGAGGUUAUUGGUCGCCAUCACCUUUGUAUUAGAACCAGAGUAAGUGCUUCCAUGUUGGACGCUCUGCAAUUUACCAUGUCGUCGGUGCCAGGUCGCAUUGACUACGUUACACCAGCCCAGGUGGGUCACAUUGGCUAACUUACAUGAACACAUUGGGUGCUGUGUCUCAGUAGCCGCCCCAGGUUCAUGAAAACUAUUUUUUGCUGCUGGGCGAGGGAGAAUAACCCUUUUGUGGAAUAUGUGAUUCGAUCUACGACUGCUUGGAUUAUGUUCCUCUUUUUGGCUUUGUGCGCGUCGCCAUAUCGCUGGGGCCGAUGUGAGGAGUGCGGGACAUUUGGAAGGAAUGCCUUCGUCUUGCUUGCAAUGGCUACAUCAACGGUCAUCUCUAUUUAGCAAGAAAACUGCGAGCACUAAUGUUUGUCACGACACCGAAGGUCCGGUGCGGAAGGGUGCCUUUUCUCCCUUUGGUGUUUGGUAGCCGCGUAGAUAGCUUGUUACUUUGAUACGUUUCAGGAUGAAGACCGGUGUUAUUGGAGUAGGCGGUAUUGGCUUGUGGUUGAUUAAAACGAAGACGGAGAACAUAUGAGAGGGGUAUUUCUUUCGCCGUGUGUUUUUGGCCAACCACAGCGGUUAAUUUGGUUUUGCUAGAUGCAGGAUGCCAAGUGCUAGGUUGCCUUCUAGGAGGCCUAGAAAAAAUCAAGGCUUUUUUUUUGGGCAACGGGUUGAGUUUCCACGCGACCGGCUACGGCAUCACGAAGCGCGCGUUGGCAGACGUAGACUAUGUGCUGAUGCAUCGUGCUUUGGUGAACGAGGUGCUUCUUCUUGUGGCGGUCCCCUGAAAAGCCCCCAAAUGGGCAAGAAAUCUCCUGACACACGCGCGUGACCGGCGAAAGGCAAGAACGUAUGUCUACAAUACA